CCAAAAAACUAAGAAAUGACAACGUUUUUCUACCAGUUUGUUGCAUCCAUGCAUGCAUGUUGACACGUUCCCUUUAAUAUUUUUUCUCAUCCACGCAUCACCUAUCCCCUCUCUAGCUAGCUAUCUACCCUGACCUGCCUACCUAUUGUUCAUCGAUCAUCGCCUGCGUGCAUGUACCUAAUUGUUUGGCAUGGCACGUACGUACUGUGACAAGCAGGCUAUAUAUAAACACGACAGCCAAGAAAGAAAGAUAGCUCCAGGUGUUGGCUACGUAUCCAUCUUCGUGUGAUCUCACCGGCCUUGUCCUCCGAGUGACUGACGAUGGCCGGCAAUGGAGCUACCACCAGGAGGCAGCUCACCCUGUUUCCGCUCCACCUGGCCAUCAUCCUCCUUCUCGGCGUAGGGGCGGAGGCGGCGACGUCCUUCAGCUUCACUAACGCGUGCGCGCACCCGGUGUGGGUGGGCGCGCUCAGCGGCGCCACCUCGCCGCAGCUGCCCCGCACCGGCUUCUACCUCGCCCCGGGCGCGACCUCCGCGCUGGCCGCUCCGUCCUCCGGCGCCUGGUCCGGCAACUUCUGGGCGCGCACAGGCUGCGCCGUCGACGACGCCACCGGCCGCCUCGCAUGCGCCACCGCCGACUGCGGCAGCGGCGACGUCGCCUGCGACGGCCGCGGGCCCGCCCCGCCCGUCACGCUCGCGGAGAUCACCCUCGCCGCACCCGGCUCCGGCGGCCUCGACUUCUACGACGUCAGCCUCGUCGACGGCUUCAACCUGCCCGUCAGCAUCGCGCCCUCCCACGAAGGCUGCCAGGCGGCGGCGUGCUCAGGCGACGUGAACGCCGUGUGCCCGUCGGACCUGCGCGUCGUGUCCGGCUCAAGCGGCGAGGUGGUGGCGUGCAAGAGCGCCUGCAACGCCUACGGCAGCGCACGCUACUGCUGCAGCGGCGACUACGGCACGCCGGCGGCGUGCGGGCCCACCAGCUACUCGCAGGUGUUCAAGGCCGCCUGCCCGGCGGCCUACAGCUACGCCUACGACGACGCAAGCAGCACCUUCACCUGCUCCGGCGCUGCCACCUACCACAUCACCUUCUGUCCUGCCACUUAACUCAUCACAAUCCUUAAUUAAUUAAUUAAUUAAAAUCACACCAUGGACAUGUAAGCAGAUUAUUUUCUUCAGUGAAAAUAAUAUACAGAGUAAAAACGGAA